AUGAAUUUCUUAUAAAAUUUUCUUUCAAAAUAAUCGUAUAAAAUGAGUUCCACGCCAAAAUGGUAUUGUCGCAAUAAGUCACAACCGAUGCACACUUUUGUGGAAUUGUGCAAAUUAGGAGAUGAGCUAAGACGUAUAACUAAACGAUUGAUAAUUGAUGUUAAAGUGGAUAUUUUUAAUGAACAUGAUACUUUAUUAGAAGAAUGUGAACGCAUUGUAGAGCUAUAUUGGAGUUUAAAAGAUCAAUCUUCUAAUAAAGAUUUUCAAUCUUUAUCAAAGAAAAUCAAACGAAGCCCUUAUAAUGCUUUGCUAAUGAAAAAAUUCAGUUUUAUAAUGGAGCUGAAUGACAGAAGAUUUUGUCAAUUGACUUUUGUGUUGAAGAGAACGUUAAGUUUUCUUUUGAAGAAAUCUAUGCAAUCGGAAAUUUGGUUAAAUUGGGCUUUACAAAUCACUCAACUUUAUAAUAAAUGUCGUCAACCGUUGGAGAUCUGUGACGAUGGUGAAACUAAGAAAUCUUCCGAUGAAGUUUUAAAUUCAAAUAUUUGCAGCAAUAUGUAUCCGGCUCUGAUGUUGCCCUAUAAAUCUAUUGAUUUCGCUUAUGUUUUACAGCUAGCGGCUCAACAACGCAUCGAACAAAAUGCUCUUGAUCUUAUGUUCGGACUUUUCAAUAUGGGCGAACAGGAGGCGUGGCGUGAAAAUAACGAAUCGAAUUGUUCCAGUAUAGAAAUUUUACGUAUUUUAACUUUAAAUCUAACAACCGAUGGAGAUUUCCAACAAUAUAUAAAUGAAAGUCCAAGAGAUUACUCUGCACUUAAUUUGGAUCCUGAAUUGGUCCGAAACAAUAAUACAAAACAUGGCACUACGGUGACUUUGCGCAGUAAACAUAUUGAAAUGUUUCUGCAAAACGAAAGAAGCUUUGUGGCUCAAUUCAUUGAAAGGGCCUUUGAUAUAUGUCCCACAAUAUUUGGUCAUGCCACUCAAGAAGACUUGCAUGAAUUCGUUUUACGCGGCAUGCGUUUAAUGUGGUCCUAUGUGGGCAUUAUACUGGAUCAUAUUAUACUAUGGUGGAUUGAUACUCCCGUAUCUUGCUAUUCUUUAACAUAUGUCGAUUCUAUACGCAAUUGGUUAUUUAUGCAAAAUGUUAAAGAUAUCCCCGAACCAGUUUAUUCGACCUUACAAGGUAUUGGUGAAAUUUUAACCAAUUUUGUGUGUGCUAAUUUGUGGGAUCGUUUAUUUCGUCUGACUUUAAUAUCGGCUACGGCACAAGCGGAAACAAUGCAACAGUUUAUGGAUCAAAAUAUGGAAGCAACAAAUAAUCAAUUUGGUACUCCAACCGGUACUGUUUGGAUUUCCAUUUUUAACAAUUUAAUAAAUUUAAGCAAUAGUUAUUUUCAUAAUGCGGACAUUAGCAAUUCGAGCCUGGUACCAGUGGCCGAGCAAAUACCCAUACUACAUAGAAUAGAUCAUUCAGUGCAUAGCAUGCGUUUGUGGGUUAAAGAAGAAGCAAAACAAUUGUGCAAUGAAUGGAAAAUGAAUCGUUUCUUUCAGAUUUUGGAAAGUGAUGUUAAAUUGUGUCUUAAUGCAUUUCUAAAUUUUAAACUGCCAAAAUUAACUGCCGAUUUAACCGAUAUUUUAAUGUUGGUUUGUGUUGCCCUUAGAACAAAAUUGAUUUGUGAAAUUAAUGUUAAUAUAGAAAAGUUAAAGAAAACCACUGAUGAGUGUGUUCAAGUUCUCUCCGAUGUUUGCCGUCUUGUAAGCAUGGCCAAUUUUACUCUUUGCUUCCCUUCUGCCUCGUACUGGCAAAAGAAUACGUUUGAUAAUGAAAAAUCUAGUGAAUAUGUUGGUUAUAUGUUGGAUCAAAUCUAUUUACCCUGCAUUAAGGCCACCAAAGAUGUGGUCAUUUUAAAGUUAAUUUUGAAAAUCAUUUGUGAAGCUUGGCUGGACUUUAUCUAUCAACGUCACAUACGAUUUAGUAUAAAUGGAGCUGUACGUUUGCUUAACGAUUUCGAUGAUGUACGAGAAUGGAUAUUAAGUUGUCCUCUAUUGGAACAGCAUCAUUUAGAUAAGUUGAGUAAUCAUGAGGUAUUGAGAAUGUGUAAGGGUGUGGGUAAGAUAUUGUUGCGUAAACCCGAAGAUGUUAUAUCGAUUACACAAACACCGAAGUAUGAUAAAAAGACGGCUGAUUCGGAAGCAGCACUCCAGGAGACUCAACUACCAUCGGAAAUGUUUGUGUCCAAUCAAAAACAUUGGCUUCAGUUACGUGCCAACAAAUCAACAUUUUUCUUUUUUCCUUUAUGUUGUGGUGAUACAAAUUAAGUUGUUGCUGCAUGGAAUUGGGUUCUUUGCUCUAAGGUUUUCGAUAUUGCGGUUGAGCUUAAAGUGGUACAGAUUUUAACUUAAUUUGGUUUUAAGUGUUUGAGUAUAAUUUUAUAAAUCAUAAAUUUAUGGUUAGGUUGAUAGGAGGAUGUAUACUACAUAAAAUCCUAUGGAUUACACUUAGGCCACUUAAGGGUCUGUUGUGCUCUUUUUUUCAUAAAAAUCUUCACUGAAUGUAUUAUUUUUCAAUGAUUAGAAACUCAGUUUUUUGGACUUAAUUCCUAAGAAUCUUCCAAUCAGUGUUAGUCAGGAAUGUUAUUUCCGGUAUAAUAUCACAUCCAUGAUACUUGGAUAUAACUUCGACGAAUGUCUGGCAGUGGCUCCAGAGUUUUACUGUCCUCUCCACAUGCUCUACAUUUGUCUGAAUCAGCACGUCAAUUUUGGCACAGUUGUGCUCGUAUAAUAACCUUAGACUUACUGAUUUUGAGCAGAUUUCACGUCUUGCUCUCAUCAGGGUCACCCCAUAGGAUCUUUGGGGUUCAUUAUUCCAAGAUGCCUUAUGACAUUCUCACACCCACAUUAAUUCAGUUUUAUUGCGUCUAAUGGUUUUGCGUUUGACAGGUUAACUGACUCGAGAUACCUUCCCUUUAAAGCUAUUACAUUCGCCCUUUCGUUGUCGACUACUCCCGAUCCGCCUGCUACCCAUAUUCCUCUGGGGAGAAUAUUCAGUUAAAGAUUUCUUACAAUCCAAUACGGUCUUAGAUUUAAUUCUAUGAUCUGAUAUCGCCCUAAUUUCCUUCUGGCUGUCGAUGCCAUAUUUAUUCUAAUCCGUUUUUGCACGGACUUCUGCCUGAAAGCUUGUGUUAUGAUUAGGUAAACGGUGGUAUAUUUCUGUAUCUGGGUCUUCAAUAUAGAACCCACUUUGUCCCAAUUUAUAGCAAUCCGUGAAAUAACAGAUUCCUUCUGUUAUUUGCUCUAAUAUUCCACUUGAUCAAGAUAUUCUAUCUGGGAUCAGCGUUUCAAAGUUUCCGACAUAUUCUGUGUCUGGUAUGCGAGCAGGCACGCCCGAUUUCCACAGUGUCCAGUAAACAUUGAUAAAGCGUUCUAUAACCGCUUUUGGUCAUUACGCCUAAAGUUAAGAGCCGUUUGCCAGUAUACUUGAUUUCGUUUUGACGAUGUCCUCUUGUCUGUCUGUAUUAUUGCGUGGAAAAAACUAUUUACCCUGGAACUUCUUAACGAAGCAUCUAUAGAUGUCCAAUAUUGAGACAUUUCUUGGAGCAUUGUUGGUUAUAUGUCACUGAUAAUGCAGUGUCCUUAAAUCUUAUGAAUAUGCAGAAAAAUUCAUUAACCCCGUUCUUCGAUGACCGAUUUUAAAGAUAACUUUAGAUUGUUUUUAGAUAAUGAAAUAGUAAUCUAUUUAUAAUGAUUUCACAGAUUAUAAUGAUCAUCAAAAUCAAAAAAGUAAGCGCAUAAUGACAGUUCGUUUAAAAA